GUGGGCCCCGUUUCUGAGAUCCAAGAUGGCGGCGCAGUAGAGCGACUUUUACGGCUCAUUUCGCCAAAAACGAGGAAAUUUCCCAAACAAUCGCGCGUCGGACGCCCUCCUCUCGCCCAGCCGUUGCCGUGGAGUGUACGAGUGAUCCGGCCACGUUUGAGAGCCGUGCGUGAAGUGAGAGCCGCGGAAAAGGGCCGAUCUAGAGUUGAUGUGGUGCGGAGGAUCUGUGUUUACAUUGGUUUUUGAGUCGAAAUCGAGUCCUUCUCGCGAGAUGUGAGCGAGGGCGCCCUGGGCCUCGUCGCCGCCGACUCGCAGGAUCCGCACGCCCUCACGCCCGCCAGCGCCAGCAGUGACACAAGGGCACACUAUGAUGGCAUGGCUUGGAAGCGAGGGAAGGUAGCGGCGGCAUGUCGUUGGUGGUUCACAAGCUGGUGCUCAGUCCUGAUGGGGCAGCCGCCAACACGCAAACCCCCACACACCAUGUCACCCUGGCUGCGUAUGCUCACACUCGGUCAAAUGUUGGAGAUGCCAUGGUCCGCUCUCCAGAAGGUCCUCCUUGUGGCUCCAUGAGUGCGCAGUCCUCGUCCUCACCUUACUCCUCCUCAUCAUCAUCAUCCAAACACAGCUCCACCUAUAACCUCCCUUUUGUUCUUCAAGACCACAACUAUGGUGCCCCUCCCCCACCCACGCCUCCACAGUCCCCCCCACCAAUACCCUGCUCUUCAUCUUCAUCCUCAGGCUCCUCCCCCUACCAGCUCCCCCUACAUCACCAGCCAGCUGUGCCCCAUGCCAGCCCACAGGUGCCCUCCCAGCCUGGCUCCCAGAAUCUCUUGCAACCCAAGACCCAUUCCCACCCCCUCCACCACCACCCCUUGCACCACCCACAAGCAAGUGUGGCCGCCACCAGCCCCUCCCGGCCGGCCCACAUGACCCACGCAGGCCAUGCACCCCCAGUUGUCUCAUCUGGCUCCUCCGUGCCUAUCUCUGGCCUGCUGACCUCGCACCCACUGAGCACAAUGCCUCCACACCGGCAGCAGUUCAUGCCCCAUCCAAAGACUAGUAUGUUCCCUUCACCCCACAUCCCUCCUCCUCCUGUUGAACUGCUUCAGUCCCCUACAACAGUGGCUGUGGCUCCUCCGCCAUCCAGCACGGGGGCUGAAACGGAUGACGACUCCCGUCUAAGUGAUCGCAGUUCCUCUGUGGGGCCCUCAGGAGAGGAGACAGAGACCGCACCAGAGGGGGAGGGGGAUGAGCAGCCAGUAGAUGACUCCAUCACACGCUGCGUCUGCGAUUUUGCCCACGAUGAUGGAUACAUGAUACAGUGUGACAGAUGCUUUGUUUGGCAGCAUGUGGACUGCAUGGAAAUUGAUCGUGAAAACAUACCUGAUGAGUACCUGUGUGAGGCCUGUGAGCCGAGAAUGAUAGACCGGUUUAAAGCUCGUGCUUUACAGAUACGCAGAAGACAGGAGAUCAAAGCUCAUCUGGCCAGACGUGCCUUUCAUAGUCUUCUGUCUUGCAGGCUCUCUUCUUCAGACUCAGAUGAUAACAUGCCCAUGUGCAAUAAAAGUCGUGCUUCACUCAGCAAAGUGCAGGAGAGAAAAGUGGUAAAGAAAAAGAAGGUGAAACAGAUAAAGGACAUGAAGAAUGGCAGGAAAGGUCCUCUCUCCUUGCUCAAGAAGAGCAGCUCAGUCUCCUGCAACAACAACAUUGUUCCGGGUUCCGAGGAGAGAGACAGAAGAAUGCUGGUCAAAACACGCAGACGCAAGAGCAGCAGCAUGAGUGGCGGUGAGGGUGUGAGUGAUGAUUCAUGUGGGGGCCCAGUAGAGAGGCUUCGGGCCUGGGUAGAGGGCUAUGAGGUGGCUGUCACCAACCACUAUUCUCCUGAACUGCGCGCACGAGUCCAAGCAGCACGCAUCAAUGGCGUGUCACCAGACCUGCGGGCAUCCACCCAGGGGGCCGUCUUGGGCCACCGCUGCAAGGUGAUGGAGAAUCCCAAUCCCUUGCUGGAUGUGUUUGACAGUAAGAUCCUGGUAGCUGCUACCAGACUCACUGUCAACACUGCCAUCACAGAGUUUCAAGGGAAGUACCUGUUAGCAUCCCAGUGGAAUGCACAACAACCAGUGAUGGGUCAGCAGUACCUGCCCUAUGUCCUGCAGUACCACAUGCCAAAGGAGGGCCUAACUGUAUGCGUGGAUGCCAGAACGUAUGGCAAUGAUGCCAGAUUCACUCGCAGAUCAUGCAGACCAAAUGCAGAGAUUCGGCAUGUGGUAGAAAGAGGGUCCCUACACCUGUACCUGGUAGCAACAAGAGACAUUGAAGAGGCAGAGGAAGUUACUUUAGCCUUAGAGACAGCUAAUUCCACUUUAGAUCUUGUCUGCUGUCUGUCGGAGGAACACGAUUGCAAUGCUCCCCAGUCCCAAAAGGUGGAGGCCUUAUCACCAGUGCAUAAUCCUCCACAUAAAAAGAAUGGGCUUCUAAACAACAAGAAGACAAUAAAGAAGCAGCAGCUCCAGCUCCAACUGCGGACAAGUAAAAGAACCACUUCCACUGAGAGCAGAAGUAGUGAUAAUCUAACAACCACCACUUGUCAGAGCACAACCCCUGUCACGCCUGUCAAGCAGAGACGUGUGUCAGGCUGUGGUAAGUCGCCUGCCAAGUCCCCUUGUGUAUCAGCCUCCAGUUCACCUGAAGAGCUAAGCAAGGACACGGUAGUGAGCGCACCCCCUACCCUGGCUGUGACACCAGAGACCCCCAAGGCCAUGGACAAACAGCAGCAGCAGAAGAUGACACGUGAGGAAAGGAAGAUUGCUGCAUACAUGAAGGCGUUUGAGAGGAUGGAGAAGGCUGCACAGAGGAGACAGGAGAUGGAGAAGAAAAAGGAAGAGGAUAAGAGCAAGGAUCCAAAAGAUAAGGACAAGAAGCACUGUGAUGGGGAUGAGGAGGACUGGGAGAAGACCAGCAGUGCCGAUGAGGGCAACAGAAAUACUCCUGUGGCAGAAAGAAGCAGAAGAAAAGGAAAAAAGGGGCGUGGGAAGGGUAGCCCCCAGAAACGUAAUCAUCGCCUGGACACAACAGCUUCUGACUUAACCGGUGACGAAAGUAGUUGUGCUUCUGUGGGGCUCAUGUCUCCCUUGGGGGGCUCUGUUGAAGGCAUUGCUCUCAAUUUCAACUCUCCUCCAUCAGGAAAUUCAAAUGUCAUGGGGUUCAGAUUUCCCAAAACCAAGAAAGCACUUAUGAAUGAAUGGCUAAAUGAGACCGUAGACCCAGUGAUGCCCGUAGGCAGCCCAAGCGGGGUAACAGAGGUGCAUUCAACAGGCGUGCCCACGUGCUAUAUGCGGUCGCCCGCCACACCACUCAGAAGGUCAACAUCUGUGAACCAGGUGGUCCCCGGGACUGUCCUCAACUUGGACUUGCCAGGUGGCUCAGCUAAGAAACGGUGGCUUAGACAGGCCAUUAGCGAGGAGACUGAAUCACCCCAGCUCAAUGGUCUGUGCCCAAGUCCCAACAGCAGACCAGACUCCCCAACUGGAGGAGAUUACAUAACGCCCUUAAAGAAGCGCAGACUGGCCAGAGAGUCCAUGUCAUCAGAGCAGUCGUCAACUCCCCCUUCAACGCCUGUCCACUCCACCAGCAUGGAGGAGGACAAGAUGAUGGAGGAGAUGGAAGCUGAGUUAGCAGCUGGAGGUGUGGUCAAGAUCAAGUGUGAGGAGGAGAGUGUUGCAGAAGACCAGUCCUUGCAAGGGGAGGACCACACUGGGGAUGCAGCAGAUACCAAAGAUAGCUUGGGUGUGGGGAAGAGAGAGGAGGAUGAUGAUGACGGGGAAGAGGAACUCAUCAUUGAGGAGGAAGAGGAGAAGAUCUCAAACUUGAAAGACAGAGGAAGGACUUUCACCAGCAGUCCAGCUGAUUUGAGAUAUGAGAAGGAAAGUAGAAGAAACAUUGUAAAAGAGUCAGAUUUUGAUAUAACAGAUAGUGCAUCAAAGACGGACAUUCCCUUGUGUUUGUCAUCUCCAAAGAUCUGCAAAGAGAGUGAAGAAAAGGAAAGUGUAGAAGACGGUGAGCGGGAGGAGGACGAGGAGGACGAGGAGGACCAAGAGGAGGAGGAGGAGGAAGAGGCAACAUCCUGCAGAGGAGAAGAAAGCGAGGUCAAGCGGAGAAAGAAGCAAGUUGGCUGGAGAAGAAAAAAGAGGCAGCAAGCCCUUUCCAAAAGGGAGAGAAAACAAGCGCUUAGCACAAAGAAGAAAAACACUAAGAGAGAGAGACAAGAAGAAGAACUGAAAAGCAAAAAGGAAGAUGCACCAGCAAUCAAAGAAGAGAGCACUCAGGAAACAACUGUUGUAAAGAGGGAAAGUGAUAUGGGAUGUGGCAGUAUAAGUGUGGAAAAUGUAGAUGAAAGAACACCAAAGGAGGAGGGAGAAACAGAUGGAAGUACCGGUGAGAAAGUGGAGGAGAAUAAAGAAAAGGAAGGAGUGGAUGUGAAGAGUGAAAUAGGUGAAACAGAUGGAAAUCCAGAAAAAGCUUUCAGAGAUGCACCGAAAGCAGAAGUUGGCUCAGUGAAACCAGAGACUCAGGGGAGGAUGAUCAAGAGCGAGAGUGGGGGAGACGCUGCUGAGUGUGGGAGCAGUUUUCAGAAAACAGUGAAAAAUGAACUUGAAAGCUUAAUUGCAACAGAUUGUAGGAUUAUUGUGAAAAAAGAAAAGGAAGUCUCAGAGGUGAGUGAUGAUAGAGAGAAAGAGGGGAGUGAUGAAAGAACAGAGAAUGUUGGGAACAUAGAGGAAAAAACUCCCACCCAGUGUUCCAGGCCAGAAAGAAAGCAAAGUUCAAAGAAGCCUGUAAGUGUGAAGAUGGAAGUACUGAAUGAUGAACAGGUCAAGCAGGAGGCUGUGCAGGAAAAGCCAGAAUUAUGUGCAGGUGAGGUUGUAGGGAUAAGAGAGCAAUCAGGCAGUAGUAGUGAGAGAGAGGAGCAAGAAAAAGAACUUGUGAGAGCAAAUGUGCAUCAUUGCAUGGUUGUGAAGGAAGGGAGUACAAAAACAAAUGCAAAGGCUGAACAGGUGCUGUCAAGAGAGACAUGUAUAAAGCAAGAGGUUAAAGUAGAGGUGGAUGUACAGUUUAAUACUAGUGUUAAGAUUGAAGAAAGGGACAACAUUCCUCAAACCCAGAGUCAAGGCAGUGAAGAAACAGAGGUGACAGAGUGCAUUUCCAAACCUGCCAAGGAAACAUCUCCUGCACCAGAAGAGGUGCUGCAACGAGAAAAAUCCCUUGGUCUGGUAUGUAGUCCAAGCUCCUCAGUUUUGCAAGGGAGAAGACAGAGCUCACAGUCAGAUUCAGAUGACUUGCCAGUCAUCGAGAGAGCACAGACACCUGAAGGCUUUCAUCACAAAGCCUUAGAACCUAAAGGUCCCAGAACACCUGAGGGCCCAGCACCCACAAGCCCUGAAGAAUCUUCACUGAUGCCCGAUAGCCCCAGAACGCCCGAGUCAUGCAGUAUAGGACAAGACCGGAGUCCAGAGAGGGAGGCGAGUCCUGAGCGAACAUCAAGAGCAAGGGUACGAGGGCCUUGCACUCCUCCUUCAACUCCACCUCCACAGCAAGAUGACUCACUUGACGGGGAGUCAGAGCGUGAGAGAGAGCAACAGGAUGACUGUGAUAAGUCCAUCAAAUCAGCGUUGCAUGCCAAAGCAGCACCUGUGAAAAGAAAGUUGUCUAUUUUGGAAUACCGUAAACGAAAGAGUGUCAGCAGUGAAAGCGAAACAAGGGGAGCAAACGGCCCACGUGACCAGUCUCCGCCUCCCCUUCCUCCUCCUCCUGGUGCCUCGGGAGCCCCUCUGGCAGACACGAGUGGCUCCUGCGCCCCCAGCCCGGUGACCCUCCCUUCAGCCAGCAUCACGCAGGAACCCCUAAGCUCCCCCUCAGCUGCAUCGCCAGCCAAAACCUCCUGUGCCAGUGCAGUAGAUUCUUCACCUGAUCUCAGUCUUUCUCCCAUUCGACCCUUGUCCCUGUCAUUGCCGGCUGUACUUGAUGACAAACUUACCAAAGAUGAAGGGAAAAGAGAAGUGGAGAGUACCACCCAACGUGGAGAUGCUGCUGCCGAAGUCAGUAAAGACAUCAUUGGGAGUUCAAAGAACAACACAGGUAUCGUGGCUACUUCCUUGCCAGGCAUUACAACAAGCACAGUCACAGCUCCCACUGGCACUGCCUCACAGGAUGUCAAGUGGAAUGCUGCACCAACACUCCUGGAACGGCAAAGGGAAAAUCUCACAGCCAGGUUGCGCAGGGAGUUUGGCCUGUGCAUAUCUGAUGAUGAUGAAGACAAAUCCGGGCUGCGGUUGGGCUGUGUGAGUGUUGUCGGGCGUCCGUCUCCUCCCUUGCUUCCCCCUCCCAGUACCUUGAUCUCCUCAUCACCCCUUUCGCCACGGGGCAGAAAGCCUUCAGGGCACCAGGCUGGGACAGAGAGUGAGGAGCGUGACAGAAGCCACCGGCGCCACAAGGAUAAGAACCUCCCUCCCCCACCACCACCUCCAACAGCUCCACCAAAGAAUUCCAUCUUUCAAGGCAGAGAGGUCACUGUCCAGAAAGUAACAUGCACUGCCAAGGGGGUUGUGGCAGCCAGUCCCAGCCCAGGAUCAAACACCUGUGGUAGCAUGACAUCGAGCAGCCCAGGCACCAGCACUGGCCCCCUUGCAGCACACACUGCGACACCAGGCAGGCAGGCUGCCAGCCCACCCCCAGGCCCACCACCUAGCUACCCAGGAUCAGGGGUUACCCCCCCAAUGCCUGUACCACCACCAGCAGUCAGCUCGAUUCCCUCUUCUCCCAGUGGCCCUUCCCUGACUGCAUUACCUGGAGCCCAAGCCUCACAGGUUGGCUUACCUCCUUCCCCCAUACCAGCUCUCCCUACCCUGCCACUUCCCCUGCCAAACUCUAUUGUGAAUCCAGUUGCAAUGGACAUGUCCUCAAGAAGCUCCUCCAUCACACAGCCUGUGGGCCACACGGCCUCCCAGCGGCCCCACCUCAGCUCCCUUCCUGCACCAGGACCCACAGGACCUACAGGACCACAUCCACCUACGCAAAACACCAGCUAUCCUGCAAGGUCAUAUUCCAGAGGACAGUAUUCAAGCAAUGCCAGUGGGCCUCUGCCAGUGUAUCCUCCCAGCAGGGUGGCACCGCCUCAACACAGCCCCCUGGUGACCCCUCCUCCUCUCCCUCCUCCUCUGCCUCCUCCCCCUCCUCAAGGGUCACACGGACUUCCAGCCUCAGCACACCCCCAAGGUCCCCCUCCUGCCCCAGGCCUCAGCUACAAUGGAGGCAACUACAACGGACUUGACUGCUCUGCUCCCGGCUCGAGAGGGUCGUGAUGGCGGGCCAGCCAGCCCUCUGCAGCCCUAUCAGCCAGCUGCAGGAGGGCGUUGCUCCUCUCCAGACCCGUGUGAUGUCUUCACUAGCCAUUUCUUAUAGGCUCGGCUCUCUGUGUGGAAAUUUUUCUUGAGUCCUUGUGCAAAUUUAUAUAUUUCUUGGUUAAGCCCAGAUGAGUGUUCUCUGUCAUCUGCAUAAUAAGUUUUGAGUGGGCUGUUGCAUUGGGAACUCCACUUCUGCAUCUCGUCACAAAGCACUCUUCAUGUGGCCUGACCACAAAUAAUUAUGUAUAUUGUUGGAAAGCUUUAUAUGUCUUAGAGUAUUUUAUUGCAUACCAUCCAUGCCCUUCCAUUCCUUUCUUUUCCAAUAUUUUAAGUUUAGUAUAUUCCCUUCCCUAUCUAUUUGUUUUUGGAAAGUACAAAAUAAUAAUAGGUUCUUUCUCCUUGACAAAAUGAAGGGCUCCUUGAAACUUUGAAUACAAAGGCCCAAAAACUGCCAGAAAAAAUUGUGUUCUGUGUUGUGCUCGUGUGAGUGUGAGACAACCCCAUCCCUCUUAGUUUGCGUGGAGUUCACUCAAGGACCAGAUUGAUUAAUCUUUGAUAAAAGAUAAACAAAAAUAUUUGUACUUACUGCUGAUCUUUGUAAAAGAAUCGGUUUAUCAUUAUGGAUUUCUGUCCCAAGUGGAAAAAAAGCUUUCCAGCACACUUCCUCAGGGCAAAUUUUUAUGAGGAUAAUUUUUAAAUCACACGGGCUGUUAAUUCAUGUAAAAAAAAAUAAUUGUAAUCACAGUCUUUAAAGUGUCACACAAGGA